UGGCGACAGUCAGGAGAUCAGGAAGACAUGUUCUCGACGGACGGAUGGAUGGAUUGAUUCAUUUUAUGGCAAUUUUCAAGGCACCCAAAGUGCUUCACACUGGUAGUGGUUAUCUACAUCUGUACCACAGCUGCCCUGAGGAAGUCUAACAGAAACAUGGUUGCCAAUUCGCACCUCCGGCCUCUCCAACCACCCCCAAACAUGUGAUUAACCAGUGUGGGCAGCACUGGAGGCAUGGUAGGUGAAGCGUCUUACCCAGGGACAUAACAACACUGACUCGGUCGAGGGAGCGAGAAUCGAUGAUCUCCUCUACCUCCUGAGCCACUGCCACCCCAAUGAAAUGAUUGAUUAUUACAAAAAAAAAAUCAAAACUUACCAUAACAAUGUCCUCUUCUCAUAAUGAGCAGUUGUUUCAGUAAGAUGACAAAAGAAAAGAACGUGCUUCUUAGUUUUGACAAGUAGGUGUUUCCAUUCCACAGGGAGCGUGCACAUACACAAACGCCUCCGCCAAAACACACGCAAAGCCGAUAAACAAGCCAGCAAAGCCAGUGCUGAGUGGGAGCACAAUCAAGCAACACAAAGGCAUCGAAGAUGUGUUUUUCCUAUGCGACACUAUGCAAAGCAAUCAACGGUAAACACAUAAUUGAAAGUAAUGAGAAAGUCAUGUUUUUGAAUCUUAAUCUUAUAUAUAAAAUGACCUAAACCUGGCAUCUUAUACUGAGUGCUUUUAAGUUUGUUUGUUUUUGGCAGUUUAAGAGGGUGUUCUCCACCCUUAAUGAACAAACGUCAGAUUUAUUUUGUCUUGUUGGGGUUUUUUAAUCUUUGCCUGUUUGAGAUCUCUUUGUUGUGUUCUUCUUCCUCUGUGAGUGUCAGCCAUGUUUCUCCAUGCAUCCACUUUUACUGCUGCUGUUUAUGACAAGUGAGGCUAGCAUUGCAGAUUUAGUUACAUUACAGCAGUGAUUUUCAACCACUGGUGUACCUUGAGAAACCGUCAGGUGUGCCGUGAGGAAUUAUCCAAUAUCACUUUUUAUAAUUAACAUUUAUUAAUCAUCAUUUGCAAAUAUUAUGUCAAUGGCCAUUAUGUCAAUAGUAUACAUGGACCCAAAUAUUCCAAUUGCAUUUGGUUUAUUUGCUUAAACGGAAAGAAUUGAACAGGGAUGGAAUAUUCCUUUAACCAAUCCGAUUGUAUCUUUUACCCGCUCAAACGGAAAGUUGUCAGACUGCGUUCUUCUUCAUGGUAUUUUUCUUCUUCUGUUGUUUAUUGGCGGUUGGCAAGCAGCUUUCGUAUGCAUUAGCGCCAUCUGUGAAACAGAAUCUAAACCCUUCUAUACGUCAUUCACAAGUGCAGUUUUAUUAAAAAAGAAAAUAUAUAUCUAUAUAAAACAUGUCCUGAGUUUAAUUAUAAAAUAUUAGCAAGAUUGAAUUUGAUCUUUUCCUGUUUAAAUUGAUCCCGGGUGCGUUCUUUCAGCGCAUGCUCAGAUAUGACGUAACACGCAGAUCCAGACGUUCUUCACUUUUAAAAAUGGAGGCCAGCAAUCGGCAUUGGACUAAGCAAAGUUUGUUUUUGAUUCAAACUAAAUUUCAAGACCGGACAGACUGGCAAUACGGAGUUAUUCCAACAAGUGAAAGAAAAACUUGGGGAAGCCGGUAUCACGUGAUGUUGAUGUUUACGUUUUACUGGGCAUGCCCUAUUGACUAUUCUGGUUGAUUUUCACGGCGCAUGUAGACAAGAGAUUGGAAUAUUCCUUUCCAUGGAUACCAUUGUUUCCCGAAAGGUCAUUGGGAAAGAGAAAAAGUGGUGAUGUAAAAACGUGGCUACUGUGGAGUGUCUGUGGUGUAAAGACUGGCAGAGCAAUGUAAUAUUGGUCCGUGUGGCAACACCUACCUUGUUCCUCCCAUAGACUUAUUGAUGCACGUGUGAGGUCGUGGUGACAUUUUGUAAUUUGGUUAGUGGUGUGCCACAAGAUUUUUCCAAUGUAAAAAACGUGCCGUGGCUCAAAAAAGGUUGUGUGUGCAUAUCACCUCAGAUAAGCAGUGUAUUUCGGGGGGGCUCACCAGGUUAGAAAGGGCGGCUCCGCUGUGAGAUUUUGCGUGAGUCACAAGCUGUUUUGUUUCAUGAGACGUCCUCUGCGUGUGCACACAGCCAUCAUGCGGAGGGGCUGAUGCGUCCCCAGAGGACGGUGCAGGAUGUUGCGAGUCUCACACAUGGUGCAACAGCCAGAAGCACAGCUGAAAUAUCGUAUGGCGAUGUUACUCUGCAGCCUUACAUUGAAAAAAAACUCAUGACAUGAAUUGUACUUGGAUAUAUUUUUGUCGUAUUGGUAUUCCCUGUUCUUACAAGCAGCUGUCGGUGUUAGAAAAGAGCCACAUGUGGGCUGUAGAACAUCAGGUAACACUUUUUAUCGAUUGUGUUUAUAGCAGGCAACUUUAACAACCUCAUUGCUGAUGGAGCGCCACACGCUGAUGCUGAGGCUUGAUGGUGAAAUCUUCGUUAAAUUUCAUCAUGAAGCAGAGAGUUGCACAAAUGAUGUGUUUUAAUCAGACGAGCAUGAUAACAAUGCACACAACACAUUUGCAAGACAGACAGGGAAAACAUCACCUCUUUAUUGUGUGUACUGUAUAUGAUUCUUCUGUGUGUGUGUGUGUGUGUGUGUGUGUGUGUGUGUGUGUGUGUGUGUGUGUGUGUGUGUGUGUGUGUGUGUGUGUGUGUGUGUGUGUGUGUGUGUGUGUGUGUGUGUGUUGUUUUUGUGAAUUAUGAGGACAUUUGACAAGAAUACACGCAACACUGUGAGGACAUUUUGAAUUAUGAGGACAGGGUCGGUGUCCUCAUAAUUCUGCCAACGUAGAAGUGUUUCUAUGGGUCUAAAAAGCUGAAAACCAAAUUUUCUCCAAAAGUCCUCACAAUACACAUAUACCAGAAUUUGUGUAAAAUCUGUGUAUCGCUCUAGCACCCCUGUAGCCAGGUCCUGGUAUUGCACCCCUGAUGAAUUAUUCACACUUGUGUAAAUUUUAAAGCUUCUGAUUGGCUGCCGGGCGGAAGGUACCCACAAUUACGGAUUGUGACAGAAAAGUUGUGUAUUUACUUCGUCCUGAUUGGCUGACUGGUAGAGGGUCCUCAUAAUGUAGGAUUUUGUCAAUUGUGUGUAUUUAAAUUCUCAACACCGAUGAGGUGACCGCUAAUCAGCCAAUGAGCUGCAGCCCCAAGCUUCCUGGCUUCCUGCUACAGCGUGAACACGUUGCCAUUUAAUUGUCUACUGCACUGGAGACACGAGGCAUCAUCUUUAUUGAAACAAAGCGAGGCAAUGAGGCCGCAGAGGGUGAAAGUAAAACCAAAAGAAGAGGCUGCAUACUUUGCAUCCUUAGGAAAGGACAAGGAUGGAUUUGAUAUCCGUUUUAUAAAUUCAUUCAAAGGUCGAGGAGUAUUCAGCAAGCGGCAUUUUGAGAAAGGAGAGUUCCUCAUCGAAUAUCGAGGACAGGUCAUAUCUAAACAAGAACAUGAAAACAGGCUACAUAUAUACCAUGAUGCCCUCAAGGUGUUCAUGUUUGAAUUUCGGUAUAAUGGAAAGAAUUUGUGUGUUGAUGCUGCUCAAGAGGAUGACUCCCUCGGCCGACUUGUAAACGAUGAUAAUGUGAGCCCAAAUAGCAAAAUGAAGACGAUCACUGUCAAUGGGCAGCCUCAUUUGUGUCUAUUUGCAACAACGGACAUCAAGCCUGGUGAAGAGAUAACAUACAAUUACGGAGACUCUGACUGGCCAUGGAGGUUAAAGUGUCCCACAGUGAAGGAGCCGGUUUGUUCUGGGGAUUUGGUCAGCCAUGGAAAAAUAAUUGCAACUGACAAGGAGAACAUAACUGAGGCAGAUCCACAACAUGCUUCUGUGACCAUGACAUCUAACUCCUUGAUCGAUGACAAACAGGUAUCAGCUGCCACAGAUGGUUACCAUGCAGAAGAGGCCAAGAUGUGUGUUUCCCCGAGUGAAACCAACGAACAGGACAACCAAACUGAGACAGAUCCACAACCUGCUGAUGCAAACAAGACAUCUGACUGCUUGACCGAUGAUAAACAGGUAUCAGCUGCCACAGAUGGUUACCAUGCAGAAGAGGCCAAGAUGUGUGUUUCCCCGAGUGAAACCAACGAACAGGACAACCAAACUGAGACAGAUCCACAACCUGCUGAUGCAAACAAGACAUCUGACUGCUUGACCGAUGAUAAACAGGGCUGUAAGCAUGACUUGGUCUCCACAGUAGUACCGAGCUUGGAAAAAUGUGCCCUGUGUACUGGACCCUUUUCUGCCUUGAAAUGGAUUGGUGUGAGAUGUAAAGUUUGCUCCUGCUUCUGGCACAAAUCCUGCUAUGUCAAGAGGAUGAAGACUGACUCUGAAUUCCGGCCAUUUGUUACUGAAGGAGCAAGUUCAAGUGAAGAGAUAUCAGAUGAGGAAUAUGUACCUGACUCUUCCAGUGACUCAGAGAAUUCCGGAGAUAUUUCAUUAGGGCCUUCAAAAUCUUUUCAAGAAGUGCCUGAUAUUGAAGUGGUCUGCACUGAGCUUCCCUCUGAAAAUCUGGAAAACACACCUUCCCAAGAACACCUCUUAGAUGAAGUGACAUUACCUGAUGUUAGAGAAGCAGACACUACAUUGCAGCUUGAGAAAACUUGUGAUGACUCCAAGCAAGCCUCAGGAGGGGUUCAGCCUGAAGUUCAGAAAGGCAGUGUUGAAGAUACAUUUCAGACCACUGAAGAAACUGGAGAAGACCACUAUGUACAGUCUUCAGGCAUAUCCUCUUCUGCAAGCAAGAUAAAUUAUUGCUACAUUUGUGGCAAACCACAGUCAAAAAUUACUCGUCACCUGAAAACCCAUGAGAAGACAAAUGUGGAUGUUGCUCAAGUUUUAGCAUUCCCAAAACACUCCAAAGAACGACAAAGACAGCUGAACAUACUACGGAACAAAGGAAAUCAUAAACAUAAUACAGAUGUUUUAACAAGUGGGACUGGAGUGCUGAAAAUGAAACGAAAACCCAAGAAAGUGCAAGACGUUAAACAGUAUGUGCAUUGUACGUAUUGCCAUGCUUUGUAUCUUCGGAGGCAUCUGUGGCGACAUCUUCAAAAAUGUCUCUCAAAACCAGGAGAAACCAAAGGGCAAGGAAGAACUAGAGUCUUGUCCUUGGCCACAAUGUCAGAGUCAGGCCUACCUCAACAGAUAUCCCAAGGUGUGUGGAAGCUGUUAACUGUCAUGAAAGAUGAUGACAUUUCUGCUGCUGUGCGAAGUGACUUCUGCAUUCUUCAGCUGGCGCAGUCAUUUUUCAACAAACAUGGUCAAGAUCCCACCAAAUAUGAAUAUAUUCGGCAGAAGCUUCGUGAAGUUGGAAGACUUCUACUAGUACUGUGUAAAGAAUUUUCCAUAUAUAAUCUUGAGGAUGCCGUAAGACCUGUAAAUUUCCAUUCAGUUAUCCAAGCAGUCAAGAAGGUGUCUGGGUUUGAUGAAGAAAAGCAUUGCUACAAAACGCCAAGCCUCGCACUUAAGUUGGGUCAUUCAUUGCAAAAGAUUAGUGACAUCAUCCAUUGCAGAGCUUUAAUGACAGGAGACAAUGAGCUGAAAAAGUCAACCCAGACUUUCAAAAAGCUUUACACCUCAAAGUGGUCUGAACUUGUCUCUCAUACUGCUUUGACCACCUUGAAUGAGGCGCACUUUAAUAAGCCAUCCACCCUGCCUUUUACUGAAGAUGUGCAACGUCUUCAUCAGCAUCUUGAAAAGACAGCAGAUUUGGCAUCUGAGAACCUGGGAAAGAUGCCUUCACCACAAGUGUAUGGUGAACUUUGCAGAGCAACUUUGGCAAAGAUCAUAUUAUUCAACCGAAGACGUGGAGGUGAAGUUGCAAAAAUGCAAUUACACAGCUUCAUCGGAAGAGACACAACACCCCUCCAUAAGGAUGUUGCUCUUGGCCUCACAAAGUUUGAACAAAAACUCUGUGAACAUUUCAGCCGGGUGGAAAUUAGGGGUAAAAGAGGACGAAAAGUUGCUGUGUUGCUAUCACCGGACGUGGUUGAUUCAUUGACACUCCUCUUGAAAAAAAGGAAGGAAUGUGGAGUUCCAGAGGAGAACAUUUUUUUGUUUGGAAGGCCCCACUGUUUAACUUCAUACAGAGGACAGGAUUGUUUAAGGACGUAUGCAAAUGAGUGUGGUGCUCAGAACCCAGAACUCCUGAGGUCAACCCAGUUACGCAAACAUGUUGCAACGUUGUCCCAGGUCCUGAACCUCAAAAACCAUGAACUGGACCAGGUUGCGGACUUCCUCGGCCAUGAUAUUCGUGUCCACAGAGAAUACUACAGGCUUCCAGAGGCGACAACACAGCUGGCCAAAAUAUCCAAGCUACUGCUUGCCAUGGAGAAGGGGUCCAUCACAAACCUUCAGGGCAAAACUCUUGAAGAGAUCGAGAUAGAAGAUAACCUUGACUUCACUGCUUCUGAAGCAAGUGAAGAAAGUGAAGCUGACGGAGAGGAUCAGCCCUCAGAUCCACAAACAGACAUGGGACAGGAGAGAGCUGUGCUACCUGUCAACAACCCUUCAGCUGCCUCAGAUGACUUCAGAGAUGACUCUGCCCUUCUAAAGACUUCUAGUGGACAGGAGAGAACUGUACAACCUGUUGACAACCCUUCAGCUGCCUCAGAUGGUGACACUGCUCUUGAAGGGACAUCUAAAGAGGAUAAUGGGAAGAAAAAGUCCAGCAGGAAAAAAAAACGUCAUGAACAAAGUGCGAUUACCAAAAAUGCUGGAGUGGACAAUCCCAGGAGGAAAAUAAAGCAUCCAUGGUCUCCAGCUGAGGUUGCAGCUGUGAUGAGACAUUUUAAAGAUCACAUCAACAAUGGUAAACUCGUCACUAUGAUUCAGUGCCAGCAGUGCAAGACCGCUGAGCAUCAUGUUCUUGCCGACCGCACUCUUCAAAAUAUAAGAGAUUUUGUUAGAAAUCGUGGCAUAACACUGAAGAGGAAGAACCAAUAAGUACAGAGAGAGAUGAUGUUUUGUUUUUAUGUGUUAAAAGAUAAGAGCUGAGCUCUGUUAAGUGGCGACAAAGCCACAAAAAAUAAAGUUGGUUCUUUAACAACUUUAACAACUGGUUAUACCUGGUGUAAUGUCUUUGUCUAUCAGAUAUGUAUUAAUAGGUUUUACCCGAGGUGGAUAAUGACUAUUGUAUACUGAGGAUGUCUUACACACAUGCCACAGAUCAGGUAUGUCUUUAAAUUUCACAAUGGUAUUGUGUUCAUCUAUUUGUCCUCAUAUACUGGUUGUGACCUAUUAAUGCACAUUACUUUCAUUUUUGUGUUUGUGUGAAUCCAUGUUCCAGCAAGUCACCUGUGACCCUCCAAGUCACAUUAGUGUCAGUGUUUGUGUGUUGUAUAACAACAGUCCUUAUUAAUCAAGUUGGUUCUUAUAAUUCUCCUUUUUGUCAUGGGCGGGGUUUAGCAGCUCAUUAACUUUGUCCUUACAAGUCGUCGUAGUGUCAGGUUGUUGUAACUUGCGUUGCUUUUUGUGUUUCUGACUUUUGAAGUGAGAUUUGCAGAGUACAGCCCAAACCAAUUUUUUUGAUAUAUGCCACACCUCUGGGAAACAAGCGGAAAGGGGUGCCACCCUAAUACACCAAAAAACUUGUUUGGCGAGAGGUGUCCUUGUAGUUCACAAAAACCCGUAUAGGUGUGUGUGUGUGUGUGUGUGUGUGCGUGUGUGAAACAAUCCUCUUCAUAAAUUAAUCAAUCUGCGCUUAGACUGGACAGCUUUGUUCCCAUUUUCAUGUUAAAUUUUUAAUCUCACCCAGACAUUUUGGACAAUUGCAUGCAUAUUUGUGGUCGGAAGAACUUGCUUCUUCCCUUCAUCCGUAGAAAACCUGUUUAUGACUUUCUAAAUAUUUUUUUUACCAUUAUUAGAGCCCCCCAUAUACAUGUAAUAACACCCCUAUUUCCAACUUUACACUAUUAUUCUUUGUUUUCAGCACAUUGCUGAGGUUAUGAGAUCACUGCAGGGACACAAGAGAUGGCCAUCCAAGCGAGCUAUCUAGCCUCGAAUUUAUUUAUUCUAAACGGAAAGGGUUUCAGAGUGGGGAUGAAGGUCAAACUAAGAAGCCAAACACACCUCUUCCACACAGAAUGGGACAAAAACUUUAUUUCACUCUAUCAUGUUGGAUAUGCGAUGGCUGACUACGUGUAGUGAAUGUAUUGUCAUGUCUCAUCAGUGUUUCUCAUCAAUACUUAAACUACUUAUCAUCUUGAAGUAACCUAUUUUCUUGAGAAACUUUGGACUGUCCGGUUUCUGCUUCCGGAUUGGAUUCAAGAUCCAACACUUAUGUCUGUAUGUUCAAAGCUGACAUUUUAAAAAGAUAAAUCACUGUUUAUUGUCAACUCCUAUGCCGUUGAUCAACUCCAAUCAAGUUGGGUUUGUAGUUAGCGGGACAAAGCGGAAGUCCUUUUAAGCACUUGGGAAUGUGACCAAUCACAGCAGAGUGGAUUAAAACAGACCAUUUUAACAGGAAGAAUGAAAUCCAAAGAAAUAUAGCUGAAUAGGUGCAGAUUCUGAAGAAAUAGAAAGCUUUCUGUGCUGGUUAUUGUGUGUAGCUGCUCUAUAGGAGUCCACAACUCAAUACAAAUACUUCUAAUAUGUUUCAUUCAUGUUACGGCCAUUUGUUCAUCAAUGGUCUGGCAUUACAUGAUGGAAUCGCUGGUGCCCAUAUUGGUAUCGGGACAAAUCGCUAUAUCAGAUAUCAGUAAGAAAGCCAAUAUUGAGCACCUGUAGUGAAUUCCUAUAAUAAUAUUGACACUUACAUAAGCUUUACAUUCCAUUGUGUUUGUAGCUGUAAUCAUGUAAAGGUCAUACUUGGCCCUGUGUCAGUCUCAAUCAGUUCACACUCGCUGGCCGUGUGAGUCACAGUUUCUAGAGGAGGACGGAGCUACCUGAUUGCGUGACUCUGAGCAUCAUCACCAUCAUGAGCAUCGUUCCUUGUGUUGCAAACAGCUGCAGUGUUCUUCUACAAGCUCGAUGAAAAUCUUCCCAAAAACACAAUACAAUGCAGUCAACAAAACCUCCAAAGUCAAAUUCAAAUAAGUUGUCAAAUUUGCAAUUGGACCAAUGUUGGCAGGCAAAAUACGUCUUUUAAAGUUUAAAUACAAGGAUGAAGAGUCUUGAACCAGUCAUGAUGUGCUAUAUAUAUCACUAUAUUGACAUGCACUAUGGUACCCAUUAUGUAAUUGGAUGAUCAUAUCACCUCGUAUUUCGGUACGAGGUGAAUUAUUUAAAAAAAACUGUAUUAUUGAAAGCAGGAAGUGAACAAAUGUAACAGUUACUGAUUGUAAAUGUACCAGAUGGAGGGGUAGGAUUUAAUAAGCUUUGCUUCUUCCUACUCCUUUUGGACAUGUGGAACUGUGAACUGAUUAUGUGAUGCAUUCAAUUGUAGUCUGAUGCAUGUUCAAAUGAAAUAAAACCAUUACCAUUACCAUUACCAAAGUGGGACAAAACUUCAGAAUUCAAACCGCCAUCAUGCAUGGUGUGAGUCAUGAUGUUUCAAAAUGAGCUGAUCCAUAUUAUGCUUUUAUAAUAUGAAUUAUGCUUAUGUCUACGUUAUCAAUAUUAAACCUUUUUUACACUUACGCUCCACACAACAUACACGCAUGCACAUUAAUUAUGUUUGUUAUCAGCUAAUGACAGUGAUUAGGCAAAGUUUAGCUAUCAUUGAAUGUACUGCACUCCACUCCAGCGGUGAAUGCCGAUCAUUUAAUUAAAAUCAAGUCAAAUAAACAGUUUACAAAGUUUAACUUUAUCACAAAUAUAUACAUUUAUUUGCUAAAUGUGUUUAUUUUUAUGCCACUAUUGGUCACAUUUGUGAGCCGGUGGUGGUGUUCUUGUAUUUCUUUUUUUUUUUUGCUUGAAAAAGUGUCGUUUGGAGCCCAAAAGGGACAGCAUUAGGCCGCAAUGUUAAUUACUCAAUUGCCUGUACAGUUAUUCAGUGUAUAUCUGUGUGGAGUUUGCAUGUUCUGCCCGUGUGUGUGUGUGG